UUCACAAAGGGGCCACUGUUUCAGAGAGUGGAAGGGAAUAUAAGUUGACAACGUUGUGACAAGCUUAGUGUAUUCAGUUGAUUUUGCUUUCUACAUGUUCUUCAUCUCCGCCUCUAUUUUCUUAUUUGUUACAUGUUUUGUUUACAAACAAAGUGAAAAUGAUUGGUACUAAAGAUGGAAUAGUACACUUUUUUUUGAUUUGUUUAUUUUUAUUUCAUCUGAAUCCAAACUGCAGAGUCUUGUGCGAUGGAGCUAAAGAGCCAAAAAAAAUUACCUUCAAAUUUUGUGACGUGCCCGUCCAAUCACCCCACACAAAAAUCACAUACAAAUGUACCAAAUACGUCAAAAAUCAAUCAGAAUCUUGUGUUUUUAAUGGAACAGUUUUCGAAUCGACGGCUAUUAAAAUUUCGUGCGAUGCUGGUUAUUCUACAGAUGCAACGGUAUCAUUUUGCAGUGGCAAUGAAUGGGUUCCUCCCAUAACAGGAUGCAGUAAAAAGUGUAAAAAGCUGAAUCCUGUAAACGUUCACUUGGAAUGCUUUCGUAAAAAUAUUUCCGUCCCUUGCGAUGAAAAAUAUCUAGUUUCUGGAGUGACAGUGCGUCCAACAUGCGACCAUCUUAACUCAUCAGGAUUUCAGUUCUACCCUGGUCAUCAAGAAAUACACUGCCAAGAAGAUGGAAACUGGGAUAAUGAUUUGCUUUCCUGUGUUCAAGAUUGUGGUCGAUUACAAAAAAAAACGAGUGAUUCAGAAACGUGGGGCAUGCCAUGGGAUGUGGUCAUUUUCGGAGAUAGGGGAACAAUAUGCUUCGGCACCAUCAUAAGUCCCAAAGUAAUUCUAACCUCAGAAUACUGCGUACUCACCAGAGUUAUUGAUGAAUAUGACUAUAAAUCUUUGAGCCGAAAUCCCUUGGAUCUUGCAAAUUUCAAAGUAGCAAUUGCGAAUGAAUUAGAUUAUCUAAAUAAUCCGACAUUUUGGAGCCGUCUGAAGUAUACUGCAUCCGAAUGGAACCCUUUUAUAAAACAAAAACAUUUUACACCUCUAAUGAUUAAAGAAUUCCGUCCUUUCAAGCAUGGAAAUCGAGACAAAUCCCUCUUUCACGAUGUACUAAUAUUAAUCAUGGAAAAAGAAAUCAAUUUUAACUCGCACGUUCACCCAGCAUGUGUUCAGUGGAAAAAUCCCAACAGACUAAAUAUUACUACAGGAAUAGCAAAGGUACAACAAUUAAAAUUAGACAAAGAAGGAUUGAGUUACAAAGAUUAUUCUUUCUUGAGCCAUGACGAAUGCCAAGAAAACCCAGCAUAUCCCUACUUCGUGUUCAAAUGGGCAAUAUUUGUGCAUGGUUUUGAUAAGGCAAACAGGGACCUGAAUGAUACUAAAACUGUCAGCCUCUCUUCAAAGAAAACCAAUCAAAUUGCUCUACACGAAAAAAAAUUAUUUUGUCUUGAGCAGAAGCAAGACCAACUGAACGAUUCUAUGACUGUAAGCGGAAGCGGUGUAAUGAUUGAAAAAGAUGAUCGCUAUUUUAUUCGAGGAAUUGCAGGAGUAACAUUUUUAAGCGACAAAUCAGACAAUGAUACUCAUUUUAAAUACUUCAUGAAUGAAAUUCGUUACAUUGCAAACAUGUCAUAUGAAGAUUUUUCAAAAAAUAUUACUGAUUCAAUGAUGAAUGGAUUAGUUGAUCCUGAAUUUGUUGAAGUAGCAAUCUUGUUAUUUAAAUAUAACUUUCCAAGUCUUCUACGGAAUCAUCUUGAAUCUGCAGUUGGAACUGAGUUACCGAAUCGCUUAGAAAAGUUGAUUGGUGUAACAGAUAUAGCCAACUAUGUAGAUUGGAUCAAACAUGUUGUAGCUCAAGUUGAUCCAUAUUAUAAUCCUAGCACAUAGAAAGCGAAUGUUUUUUAAAACUUGUUCAGAUUUUUCACCAAAACACCAUCUUCCUCAAUUCGUUUCUCAAGUCAGUCGAGUCAAGUACCAACUCAUGUUGUAGAAAUGGAUCCGGUGAAUGUGAACAAAGUAGGUAUUGUAAUCCAAAAAAAUCUGUACAUAUUCAGCUUAUAAUUCAUUAAAAUUCUGAAUAUGU